GCGCUGUUCCAGCCUCCUUCCCCCUACCGAGGGCUUUUCCGCUUGUUACGGCUCCCUCCCUCUGCUCCGCAAUUUCUCUUAUCAACGAGCAAGGCGGGCAGGAUGGAUAUUGUGAAUCAGUUGGUUGCAGGCGGACAGUUCAGAGUCCUCAAAGUUCCCCUGGGCUUCAUCAAAGCUCUAGAAUGGAUCUUUGCCAUCUUUGCAUUCUCAACAUGUGGGAGUUACUCCGGGAUGUUCAAGAUGAGUGUGGAGUGUAAAAACAGGACCGAGAGCGACCUGAGUAUAGAAGUGGAAUUCGAGUAUCCUUUCAGGCUUCACCAAGUAUACUUUGACGCCCCAACCUGUAAAGGGGGUCCCCCUGAGCGUCUCUUCCUGGUUGGUAACUACUCUUCCUCGGCAGAGUUCUUCGUCACCAUCGGUGUGUUUGCCUUCCUCUACUCCAUGGCUGCCCUCAGCGUCUACGUCUUCGCCCUGGAGAAGUACAGAGAGAACAACAAGGGACCACUCAUCGAUUUUGGCGUGACGUGUGUGUUCACCUUCAUGUGGUUGGUCAGCUCCGCUGCGUGGGCGAAGGGCCUGUCGGAUGUCAAGGCGUCCACGGACCCAGAGAAAGUGGUGGAUCUGAUCUCAGCCUGCGACGAGGAGGGGAACCGCUGUCGUGAAGUUCACGACCCCGUCAUGUCUGGACUCAACACCUCCGUCUGUUUUGGCUUCAUGAACCUGGUGCUGUGGGGAGGAAACCUGUGGUUCGUCUUUAAGGAGACCGGCAUCAUCGCCCCCUUCAUGCGUGCCCCUCCUCCCCAGGAGAAGCAGCCCGCCCCAGACUCGUACGGUCAGCAAGCGGGGUACGAGCAGGACCCGUACGCCGGUUCCCAGGGGGGCUACCAGCCAGAAUACAACCAGCAGCAGCAGGGGUACAACCAGGAGGGCGGAGAGUACGGACAGGCCCCCACCUCCUUCGCCAAUCAGAUGUGAGGGGGAGGAGGAAAGAGGAAGUGUGGAGGCAGCUGGCGACAGAGAGUCAGAGGGGAGAGACUCGAGAGCGUGGUGCCUGAAAACUACAGUACCCACAAUGCCACACUCCUUCCUGUGUGUUUGUUUGUGCAUAUGUCUGUGUGCUGAGUAAAUGAGGGAGGGAGGAGGGGUAGAGAGUUACCGAAACACAAAAACGGAAGGGAACAGGGAGGGGGGAGGGACUAGAUGUUAGUUAUUGUAACUGGGGAAAAAAAGACAUGAAGAAAAACUUGAACACAAAACGUGGAAAAAUAUUUUAAAAAUAAAAUAAAAUAAAAAUUGAUUACAAUGUUGAUAAUAUUAAUAUUAAAAUCUGAGAGAAUGUAUUUGUUUGUGCUUUAUAGAUGUCACUAUGAACAAAUAUAUAGACAAAUAUUUGGUAAUGCUAUAUAUGGAACUAUUCAAAUGUUUGUUUUUGAGUUUAGUAAAUAAAUAAUCGUAACAAUAAUUCUGCCAAACAAUGAUUGCUCCUCCUCGCAACAGUUUGCACUUUUUUUAAAUUUUAUUUUGGUACAAAUUCUUCUUUGUAAUUUGAUCAAAUGUUUUAUUUGAUUAAUCUCCUUGGUUUUGUUGUGUUCCUACAUCGGUGAGAUAUAUUACAGAGGAAUAGAGAAGAGGUUGAUGGACUAAAACCAGUGUCAUUAUAUAUACACUGGCCAUGAAAACAAAUCAAACACGACCAAAAGAGUCAUUAAGGAAUCAUUGCUUUACAGUAGGAAUACAGUAAAGUCCAUGCAUUACAGUAGGAAUACAGUAAAGUCCAUGCAUUACAGUAGGAAUACAGUAAAGUCCAUGCAUUACAGUAGGAAUACAGUAGUCCAUGCAUUACAGUAGGAAUACAGUAAA